UUUAGAUAGCCCUAAAAGUGGAUCACUUGACUUAGACCAGUCAAGAGUCAACGACGCGCCUUCCGGGGAAUAUCGUUAACAAUCGAAGAUUCCAGCGAAGCUUGGAACGAGUAAGCGCAAGAGAAUUUUUCCUUCUUCGUUACGUGGAUCUCACGUCGUUCUUGAUGUAGAUAUAGUCGGAGAGCUCGUGAGAAGGAAACGGGUGAAAAGAAAUGAGUAGCAGCAGUAGCGAUCGCUGGAGGAGGAUCACUCACUUCGACCCUCGGAUAUGGAGUAGCCUCCCACACGAUUUGCUCCUCCGGAUCUUCGCGUGCCUCCCAAUCAAGAGCUUGCUCCGGCUGCGAUGCGUCUCCAAGGAGUGGAACAAGGCUCUCACGUCUCUAAACUUUGCAGGGCUGCAGUCUCGAGUAGCAUCGCCCUCGUCCAGGCUCCCCUGGAUCCUCAUGUUCAAGUGUCACAGCUAUAGCGCUGCCAGAGUGCUGAGAGCUUUCGAUCGAUCCAGCAACAAGUGGUUCGCCAUUUCCCUCUCCUUCCUGCCUCCCUAUGCCACGGACAUAGCCGCCUCGUCUGGAGGACUCCUGUGCUUCAAGACCAUCCAUCCCGGCCAAUUCAUUGUUUGUAACCCGCUGCUCAGCUCUUGGAGGGAUCUCCCACCGCUCAAGGCCUCCAACAUGGCCCGAGCAGCCGUCAUCACCCUUCUCGCCACCAAAAGCUCCACUUCCAACACCUUCAAAGUCGUCGUUGCUGGAUCCCGAGUCCUGGACGACCUGAGCAGCUGUGAGCGAGUGACGGAGGUGUUUGACUCGGCUGCUGGAUCGUGGAGGAGGAUCCAAGCUCCAGGAAUGGCCUUCAACUUCAGAUCCGAGACAGCCUGCUGCGGCGAAGAGACAAUCCACUUCACAACUAGCUCCGAUCCUCCGCUCCUGUUCUCUCUCAACCUGGAGCAGAGCAAAUGGACCAAGUCAGAGGCACCGCUUCCCGAGUCACUGACUUACUGCAUCCCGGUAGCGAGUGAGCGAGGAGUGCUUCACUUGGUCGGCGGACACGGGCAGCACGGGAUCACCAAGAAGAUGAGAAUCUGGAAGCUUGGCAACAACCCGAAGCGAUGGACGGAGGUGGACACCAUGCCUGGUGAGAUUUGUGCAAAGUUCGUAUCAACCUGUUUCCACAACUACGACCAGAUAAGCAGCACCGCGCAGCAGGACUUGAUCUGUUUCUCGUGUCUCACCUGCCCUCAGGCAGCCGUCUAUUGCAUUCCUCGCAACUCUUGGAUGUGGCUUCCACGCUGCGAGCAAGUGUCGCUGCGAUCCAACAGCUCUCACAAAUGGUUCUCGCUGGAGCCAAAUCUAAAACAGCUCCAUCUCUAGGUAGGCAGCACCCGCUCGUCUAUGAGAUUCUUCUGGCAGCAGCAACCAGUCAAUAGUUGAUAGAAAAAUAUACUUCUAUAAACAGUGUUCUCUUGCAUCUAUUCUAUCUUUCAGCAACUCGUCAAUAGCACGGACGAAGUUGUGAGUACUAGCGUGAUUUUACGCAUAAAUCUGCGGAGAAAACCAUGAAUGCUCGCGUCGUUUGUUCUAGACAACUUACAUACCGCGAUUGUAUCUGGUCGUUUCAAUUUAUAUACUUAUCUUUCACUUGGCAUUUGCUGCAACAAAAGAAAGAAAACCAAAACAAGAAAAGAAGGAUAUCGGGUUCUCUUACCUGGAGCUCAAAUGCGGCGGCAUCGAUAGCGCCAUGGCAAGCUGGAGCUCAAAUCCGGCGGCAUCGACAGAGCCAUGGCGGACUGCGACAAGGAAUGCAGGCGCCGCGUCCACAGCGCCUUGGCGCCGGCGUAUCGCCAUCGCCAAGAGAGCCCUAUCGAUAAUUGCCCUAGAGAUUACCUCAAGCCUUGCA